AUGCCGUCCCUCGCGGCCUCCAACCCAUCGAAGAGUACGCUGUCAAAGAAGCGUCGCUUCCAACCUCCUAUCACGGGAUACUUCACGGCCGCUUCUCCGCCAGUGCCUACAGAGACACCUGCCGUUUCACACCACCACCAUUACUCCGCUGCGACAUUUUCUGCCACACCUGUUGUUCCGGCCAAAGUGCAGUCUUCUCUCCUUUCCGUCGGAAUGCGGGUCCGCAAGUCUGUUGCAGAAGGAUAUAGAACCCACAUGGCUAAGGCUGAAGAAAAAGUCCCACUUUAUGCAGGUGUCGCUCAGACCCCCGCUGCUCAACCUUGCAGCCACGAGCUUACUCCUUUCUCGGGUUCUACCAAACGCCCAUUUGACCAUGAUGAAUACCUCGUGAAUGAUGAUGGAGAUGCCUUUUCCAUUCCACCGAGUAGUCAGGAGUCUACCUCUUCAUAUCAGGAGACACUGGGUGGUCAAAAAAGAGCUUUGAAUUUUGACAGUGACAUGCUUGACGAGGAAGAUUACUAUCCACAAUCCCACAAUUUCAAUGACGAGCCCUGGCAAGAUAACUUGUCCGCAGUGGGACAAAGUCGUCGCAUUCUUGCUGUGCGUCGCAAUAUGACCCAGCAGCCUGUUACGGACCUGGAUGACUUUGAGGAGGCUUCUUUCCUUCGCCGCAGGGAAGAAGUCGAUGCAGAUUAUUCACGUAUGGACUGUGCUUAG